AUGUUCUCGCUGGAGGAUCUGUUCCAGGCACUUACUCUCAUCACUGGCCGCGACUUUGAUGAAGCGUGGUGUAUGGUCAUCCGGCAGCUCAUUGCCAAUGAGGCUGCAGAGGAUGCGCGAGCCAAUAGUAAGUACUAUGCCCGACGGACACAGCAACUGAUGAACCUUGCUAAAAUAGGAGUUCACGCCGACGUAGCUGGCGCAGGCGCGAAAGGCCCUGACGGGCCUCCUCCUGCCAUCGCCGGUGGCCUUGGUGCUACUCAUGCUGUUGACGGCCCUGCAGCUAUUGCUACCGCAGUUGCCGCUGCGACCGCGGCUCCUGUUGCUGCCACAAUUGCCGCUGCUGGCCCCCUUGUCAUCACCGCUGCUCCUACUGCUGCCAUUGUUCCUGCUGUUGCUGCCCCCACUGCCGCCAUGGCUGGCCCCACAGCUGGUCCAGCCGGAGCUCCUGUUCCCGGGUUGGGUCAACCCAACGUACCUGGGCCCCUUAACGACCCAGAGGCACUUCAGGUAGCCAUUGAGGGCACCCUGGUGAUGGCCAACCAGCUGCUGCCGGUGCUCCCGGGUAGAUGGUAUGUUGUUACUCGCGGACGGGAAGUUGGUGUCUUUCAAGGCUGGGCCAGUGUCUCGCCGCUCGUCUCCGCAGUGCCAAACACGUGCCAUGAGCGCAUCUCCUCCCGGGAGAACGGCUUCCAGAUCUUCCACGCGGCCGUCGCUCGUGCGCCCAUACUUACUGUCUUCUCUUCUCCCCUCUACUUCAUCGUGGAUGUCAUGGGUCGUCGCGCAAUAUAUCUCACAGCAGCUGCCCAAAGCGAAGGACGUCGAGCUGCCAGAGCCAGAUAUAACACGAAGAAGCUAGGAGAAAGAGUGCGGAGUGAACAGAAUCAGCGAGCAUAUGCACGACGAAAUGGAGAUCAUCCUAGCCCCUUUUUUCCAGCACCUGGGAUUUCUCUCCCACCCGACCUCCUCGAACACGCACGCAAGCCUUCCAUCGUUGGAGGUAGACAGCAGACUGCCAUUGACCUCGGUUUGUGGGCCCCACCUUACACCUUCAAUCCCGCUGGCCUUCAGAAGGAGUCGAAGGGUAGUCCCUCGACUGAGCAUGAACAUCCAAACAUCUCAGAGGAGGCUCACCUCAAGUUGGGCCAGGUCAGCGAGCUUGAACGUAGAUGCUUGACAAGAGCACUCGGCAGUCGACAGUUUACACUGUUGGUAGAGGCAGGGAGACAGAGGUUGGAAAUCUGGGAUGAGAAGGAGGACAUACAAGAUCAGAUACUGGCUAUGGAGAGAGAAUUGACUGCGCGCACGAGAGCGUGGGUAGACCUGCAUGGUGUGAGUUGGGAGGACGGCAGAGUCACUACUGGACGUGACAUCGCAUUGGACUGGGGGGCGAAAAUAAUUUGUACCCUGGCAAGGGAGCUCGAGAUCGUUCAGAAGGGUGAGGUCGAGUAUAUGAGAAGCCUAGAAGUGGGCAAGUUACCGUGGCAGCGUAUGAACACUGUACAUUGA